AUGAAAUCUUAUAACUUUAUCCUUUUCACCUUUUUGCUUUUUGUUGCUACAAUUUUAGGCAAAUUACAAAAUGUUUACUUGUAUGUAAAAUCUGAUAACAAAACUGUUGAUGGAAACGGAUUAUAUUCCAUUAAGGAAAGACCUGGAAUCAAUUACUUCUUCUUAGGUCCUCCUAGUCAGGCUCAAAAAUUGAUUUAUGACGAUCAAAACUAUUAUAUUUAUCAACAGGUUGAUCCUAACACAAGAUAUUAUUUUGGUAUUCAAAGAAAUAUCUUACAAUUGUCCAAGGGAAAUCCUCAAAAAGUUAUUAUAAGAAAAAAUGGUUCUUUAAAUUUUAGAGGUGAUGACAAAUUAUAUGCCGUUAAGAAUAUUGGUGAUCCAAUAAAUUAUUCUAAAGAUCAUUAUGCCGUUAAAUAUUAUGCCAAUAAGAAUAAUGUUCCCAUGCAUGCGCCGAAAGUUACUGUUUAUGCUAAAAAGGCGUAA